UACAAAUAUCUUUAACGGAGUGGCGUGUUUAUUCUGCACCACAAUCGGAGUAAUACGUAUAAACCUAAAUGUAAUCAAUAUAUUGAUUUUUUAUAAACUUAGUCUACCGUCAUCAAAAUUCCAAGUUGCAAUUUGUUUCUGGCGAAAAAGGGCUUUGGGGUUGGAGCAAUUGCGACCUUAUCGCCGUUAAAAUGCGAGAGAUAGUACACCUUCAAGCUGGACAGUGUGGAAAUCAAAUUGGUUCCAAGUUCUGGGAAGUUAUUUCUGAUGAACAUGGGAUCGAUCCAACUGGUACAUACCAUGGUGAUUCAGACUUGCAGCUAGAAAGGAUUAAUGUGUAUUACAAUGAAGCUACUGGAGGAAAGUAUGUUCCCCGUGCAGUUCUUGUGGAUCUGGAGCCAGGGACCAUGGAUUCUGUAAGAUCAGGACCAUUUGGACAACUCUUUAGGCCUGAUAAUUUUGUGUUUGGGCAAAGUGGUGCUGGGAACAACUGGGCUAAAGGUCAUUAUACAGAAGGAGCAGAACUAGUGGACUCUGUGCUGGAUGUGUGCAGAAAAGAGUGUGAGAACUGUGAUUGUUUACAAGGAUUUCAGCUGACUCACUCAUUAGGAGGAGGGACUGGAUCUGGCAUGGGUACACUCUUGAUCUCUAAGAUUCGGGAGGAGUACCCCGAUAGGAUCAUGAACACCUUUAGUGUUGUGCCUUCUCCAAAGGUUUCAGACACAGUAGUAGAGCCAUACAAUGCAACUCUCUCCGUUCACCAACUUGUUGAAAAUACAGAUGAAACAUUCUGUAUUGACAAUGAAGCCUUGUAUGACAUCUGUUUCCGUACACUCAAACUGACUACUCCAACUUAUGGUGAUCUUAACCACCUGGUUAGUGCUACUAUGUCUGGUGUUACCACAUGCCUUCGUUUCCCAGGUCAACUUAAUGCAGAUUUAAGAAAACUUGCAGUGAACAUGGUACCCUUCCCACGUCUCCACUUUUUCAUGCCUGGAUUUGCUCCGUUAACUUCAAGAGGCAGCCAGCAGUAUCGAGCCCUCUCUGUUCCUGAGCUGACCCAGCAGAUGUUUGAUGCGAAGAACAUGAUGGCAGCGUGUGACCCUCGUCAUGGCCGCUACUUGACUGUUGCUGCCAUUUUUAGAGGACGUAUGAGUAUGAAGGAGGUAGACGAGCAGAUGUUGAAUGUGCAGAACAAAAACAGUAGCUACUUUGUGGAGUGGAUCCCUAACAAUGUCAAGACUGCCGUGUGUGAUAUUCCUCCUCGAGGGCUGAAGAUGUCUGUAACAUUCAUAGGGAACAGCACUGCCAUCCAAGAGCUUUUCAAGAGAAUAUCUGAACAAUUCACGGCCAUGUUUCGCCGAAAAGCUUUCCUCCACUGGUACACUGGAGAAGGCAUGGACGAAAUGGAGUUCACGGAGGCAGAAUCAAACAUGAACGACUUAGUAUCGGAAUACCAGCAGUACCAGGAUGCAACCGUAGAUGAGGAUGAAGAGUUUGAUGAAGAGGAGGGUGAAGCUGAGGUUUAUGGUGGAGAUAUUAGAGGCCCCUCUCCAGACCCCGCAGAUCAGGAGUUUGGAGGAGACCUCAGAGCUCCUUCUCCUGAUCCAAGUUAUACCGAAGAUGUCCGAGCUCCUUCUGCUGAUGAAAGAGCUCCUACUGCCGGAUCUGCUACUAACGAAGCCCAGGAGCGUGAAGCAACACCUGCUUUGGAGGAAUAAAAUUUUCACUUUUGGGGGAUAUUGCACUGAAUAGAGUCAGAAAUAGGAGAUGUGUUACGUCAUAUAAUUCCAAGCCAUGAUUAAAUGAGUAGAGUAUGCUAAAACAAAAUUGAACUUUUUGAAGUUCUUGCACUUGACAAAUACGUUUUCUUUUUUCAAACAUAUCUAAAUGUCGCUUUUUUAAUUUUUGGUUGUAACGAGAAAACCAAAGUCUGUGUAAUGACUGUUUUUGAGCAUCAAUACAGUCUAAUAAUCAAGAAUAUCGUGGCCAGUAAAUGCUCCAAGAACACUUCCAUGAACGUAACUUAAAUAUUUUUCAUAAUCUAUAGAAAGAGAUUUGUAUUUGAGACCUUUAACAUUGGAUGCGAUAAUCAGAUCACUAGGUUCUUCUCUGAAUUAACCGAUUUCAAUUUAAUAAAUUUUGAAGUUCAAAGUUUCAUUGCUUGAGAAUAUAAAUACGCUGAUGACGUAACGUAUUUCAGAUUUCUAGACAAAUCUCUAAAGAGUAUUUUUUCUUCUUCUGUUUUAAAGAAAGAAUCACAGAUAUCCAGCACAUUUUUUUCUAGCUUUCUCGAAACUAAGCCUAAUAUUUUUGAACGGAAUGCCUUGGUACAAGCACAAAUCUGGCUGAGUGUUGCUUUAUUUAACUUUGAAACCAAAAACUGUUUACAGUGGUGAAAUAGCAAGACGUUUUUAACGUUUCUAUAUAUGUAUAGAGAGAUUACAAUACUUGUAUAAUGCAGACUCAAGUAGUAAUAAAUUGGAAAACCA